CAUCCAAUUUCAGGCGUUUACACAUCACACGUUCGAAAUUUUCAGAAAUGCCUAUAUAGACAUACGAAUUCGUAGGUGAUGUGUGUUAGUUGAAGAUGGCUGUAGACCUUGUCGAUGCUGAUUCAAAGUUUCUUGCAAACAACCUACUGACAAGCGAAGACUGGGCCCAAGGGUUUGAUGACAUUCUGGGCCUAGGCGAUGGCCUGUCAUCAGAUCUUCUCUCUCAACUUCCUGAAGAUUUAAAGUUUACUCUGAAGGAGGAUGGCUUGGGAGACUAUGGACUCCCUGAUCCUGUACCAGAUGACCUGUGGAUGGAGUCCAGUGAUAGCUCAGAUAGUGGAAUACAUGGUGUAUGUGUGAAAAGCGAGCCGAUGUCCCCAGUUCCAUCCUCAGGAUCUGAUCUAUCGCUGCCAGAUUCUUUGACAACAGAGAGUUACGAUUUUUCCCAAGAUGUGAGCAUGUGUACUGGUUUGAAUCUGAAAACAGAUGUCAAGGGUCAACAGUCAGCCUGUGAAAACCAAUCUUAUGUCUUCAAUUCACCAACAUUUGUGUUGACCCCUCAGAUUAAGAUCGAGCAUCCAUCGCCAUGCCAACCCCAGUCGAUCCAUUCCAUUCUGAACUCAAAAAUAAAGAUCAAACCCAAACCAGUUGAUGGCACGCAAAACUCUUUGCCAGCUGCGUCCAAUGCCUGCAAACCGUUAGUGUUAACGCCUGAGGAAUUCAACCGUCUGACAUCCCAGGGACUGCUCCGUUUACCUGGGUCUGAUCCUGACACAGCAGCCUCACCAACAUCCCCCACCCCAGGAAGUGUCUCUGCUACCACAUCUCCUGUAUCCCAUAAUACUAUCCGACUAAACUCAGGUCACAAGUACCCCGCCUCCACUCAUCUACAGUUGGAUACUAGUAAUGGAUCAAACAAAGUGCUUAAAAGACAGCAGCGAAUGAUUAAAAACAGAGAAUCUGCUAGUUUAUCUCGCAAGAAGAAGAAAGAGUACUUGUAUACGCUGGAAGACAAGAUAAAGGCAUUUAAUGUGGAGAAUAUGAAGCUGAGACAGGAGAACGAUUCGCUGAAAAGACAACUGGGAGUGUUACAAAUAGAGAACCAGAGACUGAAGACAGGCCUUGUGGAGCCCACGUCUGUACCCCCUAAAACCCGCACCUGCCUGCUGGCACUUGUCGUAAUGCUCACCCUUAACCUUGCUCCAUGGAGCUCUAUGUUAGCUGGUGAAGGAAAGGAAAACCAGCUUUUUCAGCCAGUUGCCCCCACAGGGCGCCAUCUAAUGGCCACAGAAGAGAUUAAAGCAGGUGCAAUUGGGGUAGAAGCCUAUUGGGGGCAGGAAAAAGUAGCUCAGGACAGCCUGAUGAAGAGGAUUCAGAGACUGUUAGAGACAGAGGGCCACCUGCCAGUCAUGGCUAACUCCAGUCUGCCCAAGUCACACCCAGACUGUAAUACCUACUACAAUACCACAGAGUCUAGUAGACUGGCUGAGAAGUUAGCUGGCUGGAUGUGGCGACAUGAACAAGAGCAGAAGAGAGCAAACCAUCACAAGAAGGGACGUGCUGCUCGCAAAAAGCACCUACCGCUGAGAAAGGUCAAGGCCGCAAUCAAGGGGGAAUACCCAACUCAGCAGUACAGUAAGAAGAGCAGCAUCGGCCAUGAACUGAAGGUGUUUCACACCGAGGAUCUGAGGCGAGAUUUUCUCUCUGCCAUCCAUCAGAGGAAUGACACUUUCUAUGUUCUGUCCUUCAGCUCGGACUACUUCUUACUGCCGGCCACAGCCUAUAAUAAAUCUACACGUCCAAAAAUGUCCCUUGUCAUGCCAGCUCUGGUAAACCUCAACGAAACUCUUCAGCCACCAGAGGGAAGCAUGGGAAUGAUGCAGAUAGAUUGUGAGGUUUUUGACACAAGACUGAUCCAUGUCAAGAAAAUGUCUGUCCCAGAGUUCAGUUCUCAUCAGAACCAGUCAAAUCCAGAGUCUGAAAAUUACCAUAGACAUAACUAGGGCACUUAUUUCUCAGUCUCUGAGACCCAACCAGUGGUGGCAGCAGCUCUCGUAAAAGCAUUAAUAAGCAUGUCAUACACAGAUUCUUCACAAAAUUUGUAUUUGUGGUAUGUGUUAAAGGACUACCAGAUACAUGUUGGAAAGGUGUCAUUGUAAGCCGCUGUUGUGGUAUCUCAUUUGUGUUAUUUUUAGACAUUUGCCUCAUUAAAUGUCUUUCAGUCUAUGUAUAUAAACACAACAUUAGUCCCAGCAAGGCAACAGUACUCUAUCGAAGGCAACGUAGUUCUGUCAAACGAAAUGUUGCUCUAGUGAAGUCAGUAUUGAUAUACAUUCUUCUGUUGAAGGAAACUGUUCAAGAUGGCAUUGUUACAUGUACAUGUAUAUUGAAGGCAACAGUUAUGUGUGAUUGAAAGGCUGCAUCAAAGGCAACAUUGCUGUGGCUGCGACAGACCUCGAUCUUGUAUAGGGUCACAUUCCUGUCAUGAUCUCAGGUUUUUGUUACAUGUUGGCUAUUGUUCAUUCAUCUUAAUACUGCCUAGGUAGUCACUUUAACUGUCCCGGAUGUAGCUCCUGUUUGGAUAGUGAUUGGGUAUUGUGGACCAAAAUGGUGUAGAGGGAUUCACUCAGUUUGGGAAUAACAAUUCUUCAUUAUACUCCAUUAACAUUUACUGGUAUUUAUAUUUUCAGUUAAUGCUAUUUUUUAAAAGUAGCAUUCUUUGUAUAGUUUAUUUGUUGCUUUACAGUGCUUGUUUUAUAUCCAUUUGU